AUGGCUCUCUACAACAACGGUGCCAGGAUGCCUUCUCCACAGGAGGCCUCCAACGGCUUCCCCCAGGCGGGGGCCUCGGGCACAUGGCACAAGCCAGAGGACGAGGUGAGGCUGGUGGAGGCCGGUUUGGUGAAGAAGGCUCACCGGGAGAUCCUGGACCACGAGAGGAAGCGGCGGGUGGAGCUGAAAUGCAUGGAGUUGCAGGAGAUGAUGGAGGAGCAAGGGUGAGCGCAGCAUUCAUUUACUAUGCAUUUACUACUACUACUACUACUACUACCGCCACCACCACUACAUUUAUAUCCCAUCUUUCCUCCAUGGAGCUCAAAGUGGCAUGUAUAGUUCUCCUCCUAACAGCCCUGUGAGGUAGGCUAGGCUAAGAGUGAACGCCGGGCCCAAGGUCACCCAGUGAGCUUCAUGGCUGAAUGUGGAUUUGAACCCUGGUCUCUACCAGGUCCUUGUCCAGCACUCUAACCACUAUGUUACUGCUGGCUGCUGCUGCUAUUAUUAUUAUUAUUCCAAUUCUAUUUAUUGACUUAGUUUAGAACAUUUGUAAACCUCUUAACGUUUUGAAAACCUCUAAUAUAAAAGCAAACAAUAAUCUCAAAGCAAAAAUACAACCCAAGACCGGUAAAACAGCAGCACAAAAGCAUAUCAUUCUAAUUAUCGCCGUCAACACCAGUGUUGUGAGAUGUGCACCUGAACCCACACUUGCGCACAUUCAAUGCACAGCUCUGAGACAAUUGGAAUCAUUUUGCUAGAGUCAGGACGUGCCUCCGUUCUGAAUAUGGGCUACAAUAGGAGAGAGUAUAAAACCACCAGCCUCUGCUUGUCCUGUCUCCUUCUGGCUUACAGUUCCAGGGGAGGCCAAGUGGACACCAGGCCAGCUGGCAAGGACCAGACCCCGGGGGGCACUCGGAAGCCUGUGCUUGCUGGGACUGGCUGGGGACCUGCAAUUGCCCCAGUGACAUUUGAGGGCCGGCCAGCCUGAACCUCUUAUUCACCCCACCUGCUCUGAGGAGUUGACUGCUCUUUUGCCCUGUUCUGCAAUGGCUAAUUUCUGCUUUGCGGAGGUGAUGAAUUGGAGAAAUGUCUUAGUUGGAGGAGUCCUGAUAGGGCAACAUCUUGUGGCCUGGAUGGUGAGUUUGGUGCCGUGUGAGCAAGUUCAGGCCCCGGUAAACAUUUUUGGGAGGCCUCUCAACAAGGGCCAACCGGUUAAAAAUCUUUACACAUUUAUCUUUAUAAACGUGCAGUCUUACUUUUGUUAAUAAGAAAUAUGAUGUUUGCACCUGUUGACAAUAUUGCAAUCCAGUGACUAAUAACAAUAAUCUAAGCACCAGCAUGAUCGUCGCUGAACUAACCACAGUGGUAUUAUGUGUAUCGCACAACCUGCAAACGUGAUUGUGUAUAACAAGUUGAGGCUGAGCUGUCAUACUGUCAAUGUGCAAGAGCGAAUAUUUGUAGAGACUUGGAAAUACUCAGAAAUGUUCGGCUCACAGCAUAAGUUCGCAGGCUGCUGUUCAGAGUUGUACAUGUAUUGAAUAUGAAGUGCAUAUUUUAAAAGAAUUAUAGAUAGGUGACUCCCAACUUAAGCUGGGGUUACAUUCUGGGCACCUGGGCACAUCAGCGAAAUGCACUUAAGUGGGGAGCCUCAUCAGAGAGGGGAACUAGGGCGAUUUAAGAGGCAUUGGACACACAUUUUUAUUUUAUACUGCACUUAAGUAGAUAAAUAGGUAGCCCUCCAGUGGGAAGGUAAACGGCAUUUCCGUGUGCUGCUCUGGUUCGCCAGAAGUGGCUUAGUCAUGCUGGCCACAUGACCCGGAAGGUGUACGCCGGCUCCCUCAGCCAAUAAAGCGAGAUGAGCGCCGCAACCCCAGAGUUGGUCACGACUGGACCUAAUGGUCAGGAGUCCCUUUACCUUUACUUUAAGGGCAGGCAACAGUGCAACCAAGCAAUACAGUUUCCCGCCCAACAGCUGCUGAAUGAGAUACUGCAGCAGCAGUAAAAACUCUGUGCGCCAUUUUGGAACCCACAGGUUCUUUUAAAAAAAAGCCUUUUAAACCUUCAUUUCUGGACUUUUGGCUCACUGGCAUCCUUUUAGGGCUCUGGGGAGAGUCUCAUGAGCCACAAGGACUUUCCAGCUCUCUCUUGCCAUUUCCAGAUUUCAACUGAUUGAUUGAUUGAUUGAUUGAUUGAUUGAUUUCCAGGCGACCACGUAUAUACGACCACACGUAAGCGGCGAGAUGCCUGUAAAACAUACUCAAGAUAGUUGGGUCCUGAGUCCCCUUCCAGACCACCAGGUCCCAGUAAUUUCUACCAGCUCCCCUCCCCUCUCAUCGCCCCGAGUGGUAAUAUCACCUGUCCCUCUAAGCCAGAUAGAGGAUUGUGUCCAGAGAAUGCAACAUCCUCGGCUGUAGUCUGAAGUGGUAAUGGUGCUUAAAUUUUGCAUGCUUAAAUUAGUCCCCUCCCUCUGUGUGUGUGUGUGUGUGUGUGUGUGUGUGUGUGUAAUCACGGGAAUAAGGUACGGUUUGAUUGCUGGUAAAACAUGCACGUCUGAGACGAUAUGGUCCCCCAAGGACUGGACCAUCUGCCAUUUUGAUCAUUCUCGAAUCGCUCCCCGAAUGCGUUUGAAGUGCUUGCCAACCCACCAUUCAAGCUAGAUGGGCCAUAGCCUUGUAUGGCUUACAUUUACUGCAGGGUGCGAUCCUAUUUGAUGGUGAAUUUCUCCCCUGAGAGGGCGGCCAAGAGAGCAGGGUCAUCAGAGGGUCAGAAUGGAUGACGGUCUGCUCCCUAGCGAUGGAAGCUCAAGUCCCCAGGUGGUUCUGUUUUGAUCCUGUUGGUGCUUCAAGGGAUGGAUGACUCAUAGGGAUUUCCAUGCUGGGGGGUUGGAUAGCAGAAGGCGACAGCGAUAGCAUGACGUAAGAUCCUUCUUUCUAACAAAGAAAAGCAGCUGGUCCCAGCUCACCCAGCUGGUCUGUGACUCAGACUCUGACUCUAGCAGCGAUCUCUGGUGGGCUGGGCUGGUCAGUUUCACUUCCUCCACAGUGACAGGAUCCCCGAGGAAGAAGCUAGGAGUGGAUAGAUCUGUUUUGUGUGCACUUAAUCACGGGUCUGACCCAUCCCAUUAUUUUUGCGGAUUAAAAAAAAAAGCAUUUUUAUUGUAUGCAUUUUAAUAAAUUCUUCUAAAAUGCCUAAAAUUCUGUAUUAUACACAUUGCAUUAAAGUAUUGUAAAGUUGUGCCAUCAAAUCAACUAAUAUUCAGGAAGAUUAUCCUGUGGAGAUUAUUUUUCUGAAAAUAAAUAUUUCCUCCGUUAAAAUACACAUUUUUACACUUGUCCUUGGAUUUCCCCCUAAAAUAUGCUUGUUUGUAAAAUAUGCUUGUGUGUGUGUUUUUAAAACAAAUCUACCUUGCAAGAUUUGGAGACUUGCAUACUCUUCCAAAGAGCUGAGUCCUAAUCUGCAUGUAAAUCCAGGUUGAUUCGCUUUGAUUUCAAAGCAAAUAACUCUUUGCUACACCUUAUGUGGAGGCCUUGGUUCCAUUCCAUUCAGGUGAAAUAUGGCACACAAGAAAUUUUCUGGGGACUUUUUAUAAACCAAAGGCAAGCUUCCCAAAGGGAAACCCAUCCAGUCAGGACCUCCUACGGAGUCAACCAUUGUACAAAAGUCCCUUCCUGUCUCCUUGGUGGUUUGUUUUUAAAUAUAACUGGAAAUCCAGCAAUAAAAUAACAGGACCUUGUAGGCUAAAGCAUUUGGUCCCAGAUAAAUGCCAGCUUUCCUUUUCCUUUCACACCCAACUCCUUGCCAUAAAGCUGUGUCCUUGUGUUUAGCGGAAAAGCCACUACCCUGUUAGCCACUGUGAGAAGAGGAUGCUGGACUAGAAGGGCCAGUUGGGAGGUUUCCUAAAAUACGUAUUUUAUUUACUGUAUGGACCUUAUGUAUUUAUUUGAAGAAUUUUUGCCCUGCUCUUUCAUAAAAAGGUAAAGGGACCCCUGACCAUUAGGUCCAGUCGUGGCCGACUCUGGGGUUGCGCGCUCAUCUCGCUCUAUAGGCCGAGGGAGCCGGCGUUUGUCCGCAGACAGCUUCCGGAUCAUGUGGCCAGCAUGACUAAGCCGCUUCUGGCGAACCAGAGCAGCACACGGAAACGCCGUUUACCUUCCCGCCAGAGCGGUACCUAUUUAUCUACUUGCACUUUGAGGUGCUUUUGAACUGCUAGGUUGGCAGGAGCAGGGACCGAACAACGGGAGCUCACCCCGUCGCGGGGAUUCGAACCGCCGACCUUCUGAUUGGCAAGUCCUAGGCUCUGUGGUUUAACCCACAGCGCCACCCGCUCUUUCAUGGACAUCCCCAAAUACCUGGGACGAUUGUCCCACACACCCAAUAGCACUGAACAGCUUGAAGGACAUACCGUGGCAGGGGUCUCCUUGGCACAAAAGGAAGCUCUAAACAAUCCUUAUCCUGAACCGUCCUUCCCUUCCCGCAAUGAUUAAUCCAGGCCCAGACAGAGCCCCAUAAGAAACAAGCCUCCUCCCCCCCCCCCCCACUGAGAGCUCUGUGAAAAUGAAAAACAAGCAGCCUCCCUUUGGAUGGGAGAGCCUGCUGGAGAAGACAAAUAUUUGCAGUGGAGCAUUAUUCAUGGCAUGGUCUUGGGCGUCAGAGGGAUUGGGCCAUGCUGGAGACAGCAGAUGGCCCCCUUGCUUCUCAUUAGCUGUUUGUUUAUUUUGCAGAGGGAGGCUUUUGGUUUUUCUGAGGGUGGGAAGGAAACAACCCUGAAUCGGAAACAAAGAAAGGAAUUACUUCCUUUGUGGCUCUUGGUGGUGUGUAGGGACCCUCCCGGCGGACACACCACAAAAUUGUUAUACAAAAUUUUGGGGUUGGCUUUUAUAACCCUCCCCCCCAUUCAGUGUCCCCCUUAAAACUGCUGCAGCUGGAAGGACUGUUGUUUCAAAAAUAUACGUAGAAAGAUUGAUUUGGUUACCUGUGGCAACACGGCAAAUUCUGAAAUGGGAGUUCCCAGCGCCACACACACUGCCUGACCCCCACAAUCAGUGGCGCUGCGAGUGUCACAUGCCACCCCAAUCUCUGAGUGGCGAGACUCCAGAGGUUUCAGGCAUCUGCCCCGGUUCAGUUUCCUCGGAACGAAGUUCAGCGGAGACUGUGGUGUCUUUAGGAUACAUGGUUUUAUUUAUACAGAUAUACAACCUGAGCACUGGAUGGAGGGGCUCACAGUAUUAACUCCCCAACCUUCCUGCUUCUCCAUUAGUCACAGCUUUGGAUCCAGCACAGAACAAGCAGGUCUCUGUGUAUCCAGGUUCCCACCUUGCUUCCAUGCCUUGAUUAGGGUAAUCUGGCGCAUCUGUGGUCGUGGUAAGAUUCGAAUGCAGGUCUUCCGGGCUCGUAACUCAUAUUGCGCACCGCACCAGCUUCUAAAAGCCCAGGCCUUCUUGAUACCCCCAGACUUUCCACUGCUCAGGGACUGACAGCACGUCUGUUCCUUUGUAUCUGCCUUCCUUUGAAUUUUACUUUCCGCUGUUGAAUUUUGAUGUAUAUUUCAAAAGGCAAUGAUUUAACGAGUCUGUUGGUUCCUGCUUUCUCUCUCUGCCACUCGCCUUGCCGGCUCCCUUUCAUCUGACAACCGUCCUGAAGCAUCUCGAAGCCACAGACUGUUUUCAUGUCGUGGGACUUCAGAGAGAUGGGAAAGGGGGGCGGGUGCCAGAAAGCUGGUGGACAAGCACAAAAAGCCUUUACUCAUUCAAGCCGUGUGCCAUGGCAAACGCGUCUCUCUCCCUGCCACUUUGUCACCGUAAUUGCCAGCCCGGAUGAGAGCAGACAAAUGCAUUGAGGCUAGAACUGUCGACAGCUGCUAACCAUGAGAACUAAAUGGAGCUGCCAUAUUUAAUGGCAGUCUAUCUGAGAAUUUCAGGUGCUGGGGAGGGGGGCGAACAGGGAAGGGCCCAUAUACCUGAAGGAGCAUCUCCACCCCCAUCAUUCAUCCCGGACACUGAGGUCCAGCUCCGAGGGCCUUUUGGCUGUUCCCUCACUGCAAGAAGUGAGGCUCCAGGGAGAGGACAGGGAAGGGUUGGUCCUUCUGAAUAUUGUUGCAGGAUGAGCACUUUUAGUUGAUAAUGUUGUUAUCUCUUUUUUUAUGUAUUUUAAAUUUUGCGCUUUGUAUGCUUUUAUAACCGUAAGCCUCUUUGAGACAUUUUACGUAGCAAUAAUAAAUACAACAAAUUAUCAUUAUUAUAUUAGGGGGAAAUGGGGAAAAAACAUAUUAGGCAAAAUAAAAGUCAAAUGUGUGUGUAUUAGCAGAAAUGAAUCUUAAAGGCUGAUGAGGACUUUUUUUAAAAGAAAAAAUAAAUAGAAAACUGAUCUGGAAAAUCAGCAAACUGAAGUGAAAAGGGAGAAAUUGAAAUUAACCUGUUGGUCCACCUAUAUCCUACCAGUGCUGAAAUAAAAUCCACCUGCUAGUUCAGUCAAUUCCUGUACAUACAACAGGAAUUGAGGGGGGGGGGCAUCUUAUCCUUUGCCUCAAAAAGCUUUAGUCCAGCCCUGGAUCUGGCAGGGAGCUUCUUGUGAUCUUACAAAUCCAUAUCAGCAUAUAUAUGCUAUACUGCUAGCUUUGCUGGUGGGAUCUGGGACUUCCAAUUCCCUGUGCAAACCAAUAGCGGAAACACAGGAGAGUCGGUUUGAAAACAUCAGCUCCAGAUCUGACCAGAUGUGUAAGAUGACACAGACUUCAUCCUCCCCCCCCCCCCCCGAGAUUGAUUCCAACCUCUGUUGUGGCUCAGAGUGUGUGUGCUUUUGGAGACAGGGAAAAUGAUGCAACUCUGUGCUCAGGUAACACGUGAGCCCCAGAUCUGAAUCCGUUCCAGGCUGGUUUUGGAACACAAACCGCCUUUGCCAUCCCCGUGGGCGAUGUGUGCCGGGAGACAGGUAAGGGGGAACGCUACCCGGCUGAUUUCCCUGGAUCCUUCCAUCCCCUUUGGAUGCAGCAGAAACCAGCUUGGGUGGCUUCUGGAAGAGGCUUGGGCAAGUUGAUAGGGAAGGCUAUCAGUGGCUAUAAGCCAGGAUGGCUGUGUCCUCCCUCCAUCAUCAGAGGCAGGAUGCUGGGGAUCAUGCGCAAGAGAGAGUUGUUAUGCUCAUAUUCCACCUGCAGGCUUCCUAUAGGUAUCUUUUGGGUCAGUGCUGGAAUUGGUGGCCUUUGGCUCUUCUCAUUCCUCCGCAUCCACCCGCCCUGUGGAACGCCCUCCCACCAGAUGUCAAAGAGAACAACAACUACCAGACUAUUAGAAGACAUCUGAAGGCAGCCCUGUUUAGGGAAGCUUUUAAUAUUUAACAGACCACUGUAUUUUAAUACUUUGUUGGAAGCCACCCAGAGUGGCUGGGGAAACCCAGCCGGAUGGGCGGGGUAUAAAUAAUAAAUAAUAAAUUAUUAUUAUUAUUAUUAGGUAGGACUGGGAAUGCCCCCUGACUGAAACCCUAGGGAGGCACUGCCAGUCCGUGUAGACAAUACUGAGUGAGAUGGGCCCACGGUCUGACUCUGUAUAAGGCAAUGUCUUAUGUUCCUGUGCUCCAGGUGUUUACAUUAUAGGAAGGGCUGUAGCAUCUGCUUUGCAGACAGAAGGUCUUCAGUUCAGUCCCUGGCAUCUCCAGGUAGGACUGGGGAUUUCUCCUACCUGAAACCAUAAAACAGAAUCAUAGAAUCAUGGAAUUGUAGAGUUGGAAGGGACCCCGAGGGUCAUCUAGUCCAACCCCCUGCAAUGCAGGAAUCUCAGCUAAAGCCUCCAUGACAGAUGGCCAUCCAACCUCUGCUUUAAAGGAAGAAGAGCCCACCAGCUCACAAGGGAAUGCAUUCUACUGUCAAUCAGCUGUCAGAAAGCACUUCUUGAUGUUUACUCAAAACCUCCUUUCUUGUAACUUCAAGCCAGUGGUUUGAGUCCUAUGCUCCAGAAAACAAGCUUGCUCCGUCUUCCUUGUGACAGCCCUUUAGAUAUUUGAAGAUGGUUGUCAUAAGGUAAAGGUAAACGGACCCCUGACCAUUAGGUCCAGCCGUGGCCAACUCUGGGGUUGCGGUGCUCAUCUCGCUUUAUUGGCCGAGGGAGCCGGCGUACGACUUCCGGGUCAUGUGGCCAGCAUGACUAAGCCGCUUCUAGCGAACCAGAGCAGCGCACGGAAACGCCGUUUACCUUCCUGCCGGAGCGGUACCUAUUUAUCUACUUGCACUUUGAUGUGCUUUCGAACUGCUAGGUUGGCAGGAGCAGGGACGGAGCAAUGGGAGCUCACUCCGUUGCGGGGAUUCGAACCACCGACCUUCUGAUCGGCAAGUCCUAGGCUCUUUGGUUUAACCCACAGCGCCACCUGCACCCCUAUCAUAUCAUACCUGUCGGUACAAUCCUGAGUUGGGUAGGCCGCAAUGGUCUAAAGCGGCUUCCUCUGGUUCUUUGCAUCGCACGUCGGAAAUUUACACAGAAACCAAGAGCUGGGCUUUGUGCGUUGCAAGGAUGCAGUGCUCCUCCCGAGAAAGGGGUGGGGGUGGGGAAACUACCCAAUGUAGCAGCAAGCAAGGCAAAACAGGUAGCGGUGUUUGUGUGUCGGGGGAAGGAGCUGGCUGUCUCUUCCGCACUACCUGAGCUCCGACACUCAAGGUGAACUGCUCAAUUAUUGAACGGCGGAGCACGUCUGGAGACCAUGAAAUAUUCAAGAGCCCUCGGAUGCCAAGCUGAGCCCACACAGGGCUUUCGCCUGAGAGGAGAAUGAAUGGGAGCUGCCCCUUUUCAGAUCAGUUUGUUCCUCCGCUCCAACAAGCAGGAGGAAAAGUGGGGCAUCCUUUGGGUGGGUCCAAGGCAGAACGUAAGAAGGCUGGAUCAGGCCAAAGGGGGCUCAUCUAGUCUAGCAUCCUGUUCUUGCAGUGGCCAACCAGAUGCCCGUGGGAAACCCACAAGCAGGACUUGAGUUCAAUGGCUCUCUUCCCACCUGCGAUUCCCAGCAAUUGGUAUUCAGAACCAUCACUGCCUUCGACUGCGAACAGAAAGAGGCCAGACAUGCACCGGAGACAAAUGAAGAGAUGGGUGCCUCUGAGCAUGCGUAAAGAGGACCUUACAUAUGAAAAUUGUAAAACAUCAGAGGUUAAAUCAAUUUCCCGAUACUGCAAGUGAAAAUCCAAAAUCAUAGGAGAAUAAGGAUGUCUUUGCCUGGUGCCUAAAAGUGGGCAAUAUUGGCACCAGGCAAGCCUUCUAGGGGAGAAGUAGCCGAGGGGUCACCACUAGAAAAGGUCCUGACUGCCCUUCACCCUUGGAAGAGGCACACAGAGAAAAAGCCUCUAAUGAUGAUCUGAGGCCCUGGGUCUGUUCAUGCGGGGAUAUGAGGUCACUCAGCUGGAUCAAUAUUUGAACUAGGCAGCUUACUUCCUCCUUCUUCCUCCUCUUUGUAAAGAUCUUUUAUAUCCUUUGAUAACAUACUGCGUAUAAGGUCUGGUCUGAAUAGAGACAUUGGAUUCUUAUCUCAAUAUACACGAUAAAGCUGUUUUUAGCCAUCUCACCCCUUGCUUUUUCCUGUAAGACCAAUUGUAGUCGUUAGAAGUCAUCAACAGGUUUACCACACCUAUCAGCCAAUCACCCAUUCCCACCACCCUUCUGAGUAAUAUCCCUCCCCACCCUCUCACUAUAUGUAAGGGUCUGGUGACUUCUGUUUCAGCGUAUCUGAAGAAGUGUGCAUGCACACGAAAGCUCAUACCAAUAACAAACUUAGUUGGUCUCUAAGGUGCUACUGGAAGGAAUUUUUUUUCUUUUGUUUUGACUACGGCAGACCAACACAACUACCUACCUGCAUAUAAAACAGAGAGAAAAUUAAAAGACGAAAAAGAAAACCCUAAAAUGGGCACAUAAAGUACAAUUACAUACGGGUUAAGUGACAAAGUCCAAGUCAAUGAACGUGAAAAGCAGGAAUAAAAGUUAUCUUCACAUAAAGAAUGAAUAUUUGUCUCAUUUGAUUGUCAAGUGUAGUUCCAGAUUUGCCAGGCGUGUGAUGAAGGUUGUCUUGAAAAUGGUGCCUUUUCUGUAUAUGUCACAAAGGAUAUAAAAAAAUGUCUCGAGCUUCCAGUCCUUUGUCAACAUGUCAGGUGAUGAUGAUGAUGAUGAUUAACCCUCCCUUCACAUUGAGGUCCCAGGGUGUGUUGCACAUUAAAACACAGCAUUUAAAACAGUUCGAAAUAAUUGGCAAUCAUAAAAACAAGGUGGGUCCUAAAAUUAUACACUUCAGGUGUCAAAAGGCAGUGUCAAGGGUGAAAUGAGGCAUAAUUUUCUCCAUUGCAGGUAUAUUACAGAGUGAGUGGAACCAAGCAUGCAGUGUAAGAUUUGGGGCUGUUUUCCACUGAGUUGCAAUUACUAAUUAAGCUGCCAAGAUUAUAUAUAAAGCCAAUUCUUUCAACAAAUGCAUCUGCAUUUGCAUCAUCAAAAAUACCCAGCAACAUUUAUUUUGGGCAGCAAACUAGGGGGCUUUUAGAUUUGGAGCUGAGCCUGUUAAGUGAAUCCACACAUGAGCUGCCACAUCUGAGCUCUCGGGAGCAACCGGUUUUUCCCCUGGGCACAUUCUAGAAGGCAAAGGUGUGGAUUCUGAAAGUCGCGAAAUUUCAGAGGUGUGCAAAAAUUGCACUUCCGUACUAACACCACCUUUCUGGCUCCGGCUCUGCUCACCUCCCAGCCUGACAUGCCCACAUACCCUACUGAGCAUAGCUGAGUCACCACGAUAUCUUCCCAACGGGAUGCUUUGCAUCCCUUGAAGGCAGAUGAAGGAGAAUUAUUGAUGGCCUCAUUACCCAAGCUUCUGCCUGCAUGGGGGGAACCCCAGGGUGCUGCCAAGGGGCGAGAAAUGAGAAGGAAUGCUCAGCAUCACGUAGGAUCAGGCUCUAAGCGUUACCCAAAGGCACAUUUACUUGUGGGUGGGCGCAAGUGGGUGGGUGACCCUGUUAUUGCAGCUUCUCGUGGGCCCUGUGUCUGCAGCCUAACACAGGAAAGCGCAUUCACUGACGGGAAGUGGAAGAGAAAUCCAGAUAACAGGGGUCCAGCUACAGUAGGGAUACACCAGCCCUGCUCUUGAACGAAAUAACAGGAAUCUAUUGCAUCUGCCAUUCUCUAUACCAACACAUCCCUGGGAGUAAGCUCCAAAUUACUCAGUGGGGAUUACUGGGGAGUAGACAUCCCUAGACGCAGGUGGCGCUGUGGUCUAAACCACAGAGCCUAGGGCUUCCUGAUCAGAAGGUUGGCAGUUUGAAUCCCUGCGACGGGGUGAGCUCCCGUCGCUUGGUCCCUCCUCCUGCCAACCUAGCAGUUCGAAAGCACGUCAAAGUGCAAGUAGAUAAAUAGGUACCACUGUGGCUAGAAGGUAAACGGCGUUUCCAUGCGCUGCUCUGGUUCGCCAGAAGCGGCUUAGUCAUGCUGGCCACAUGACCCGGAAGCUCCCUCGGCCAAGAAAGCGAGAUGAGCGCCGCAACCCCAGAGUUGGUCCCGACUGGACCUAAUGGUCAGGGGUCCCUUUACCUUUACCUAGACGUCCCUAGAAGUUCCCUCUCUGGAACCCCUUUGGCACCCACACCAUAACAUCUCUGGCGGAACUGAUAGCUGCACAAGAGCUUCCGAGCAGGAGCAGUCUAUCUGAUAUGUGAGGACUUGGGAUUUCAAUGUCCUCAGCUGUGCUGAUUUCACCCCAUAGGGGUGUGAAGAUGGAACACAGUAAGCUGCCUUAUGCUGAGGGCUCACCUGCUCCUCCUUCCAUGUCAUGUUUCUAGGUGCAAAUCUAGGAUUUCCAUUGGGUUUUGUUUGUUUUCUGUCCCAGCACUUUCCCUGGGAAAACCUCAAUGGCAAUUGAGUUUUCUACAUAUUUCCAUUUGCUUCAAUUCAGCAGUAAAACGUGGAUUUUUCCGGGGAAAGCACCGGAACAAAACAAAACUCGAGCUCUGCCUAGAAAGCACAGGGCAUAGUAAGUGUGGGUGAGCCCUGAGACACACCACUGGUCCAUCUGGCUCUGUAUUGUCUACACUGACUGGCAGAAGCUUUCCCCUGCCUUACCUAAAUACCUAUAAAUAAUAAUAAAAUCAGUGCUUUUUUUCUGGGGGUAAAAGGUGCCGGUACUUAACACACAAGUGAGGGCUCUGAGACACCUGCCAGAGCAUCUUGCCACCCUCCCUAAGCUGGACAGAAGCUUCCCGGGCUCAGGGAAGGAGGCACGAGGCAAGGAAUGAUAGUGCUGAUAAUGGUAAUGAGAAUAAUACCUGGCAAUUGAACCUCGGACCUUCUGCAUGCAAAGCAGUGGCUGUUUCAUUGACCUCCCCUUCCUCCUCCCCUAAUAGAGAGCCUGGCCUGCAAUAUAGACAGGAUUGUGGUGCUGGGCUUAUGCAAGGCUGCUCAGUGCAGCAACGGGCAUGGCCAGAAUCCUGUUUCUUUUUGAGGGGGUUGACAAAGCUCCUGCCGAGCUGCUGGGCGCUUUCGCUGCUCCGAGAGCACAAAGGAAACAAAGGGAAGCGCCCCCCCAUCUCCUCUUCUCCCCGCCUCUCCAGGAUGUUUCACCCGAUGCUAUAAAUCAUUGAGCUAUCGACCCACUGACUCUUGAGGCCUGGCAGCCGGAGAGAGGGGGCCUCUGGUUGCGAGCAGAGAGCAGCGUCCAGCUCCUUUGGCUGGCCCGUAACUCAGAGUUAAUGGGCCAUGAAAGCUGUGGAAGCCAGGCUGAAUCACCCAAUAAAUACUCGGCCGGGCCUCUUAAGUCAAUUGGGAAGGAAAAACAAAGGGGCCCUUUUCGCACAGAGGCCAAACGUCAGAGAUAAAAAGCAGCACCUGGGCAGGGAGACCUGUUUGCCCUGGCUAUAUUUCCCCCUCCUCCUCCUCUCUCUUUCUGUCUCAGGCCAAUGGCCCACUCACUCCAGCAUCCUCUUCUCAGAGCACACGAACCCUCCAUCCUCCUGUAGUUUCCAGCAAGUGUUAUUCAGAAGCAUUGCUGCCUCCAACCGCAAAGGCAGAGCAGAGCUGUCAUGGCUAGGUAAAAGUAAAGGUAAAGGGACCCCUGACCAUUAGAUCCAAUCGUGACCAACUCUGGGGUUGCGGCGCUCAUCUCGCUUUCUUGGCCGAGGGAGCCGGCGUACAGCUUCCGGGUCAUGUGGCCAGCAUGACUAAGCCGCUUCUGGCGAAUCAGAGCAGCGCACGGAAACGCUGUUUACCUUCCCGCCAGAGCGGUACCUAUUUAUCUACUUGCACUUUGACAUGCUUUCGAACUACUAGGUUGGCAGGAGCAGGGACUGAGUGACAGGAGCUCACCCCGUCGCAGGGAUUCUAACCACCGACCUUCUGAUUGGCAAGUCCUAGGCUCUGUGGUUUAACCCACAGCGCCACCCGCGUCCCUUUCUGUCACGGCUAGUCGCCAUCAAUAGCCUUCUGUUCUAUGACUUUGUCCGGUCCUCCUGUAAAGCCAUCCAAGUUGGUGGUCAUCGCUGCCUCCAGUGGGAGAGAGUUCCAUAGUUUAACUACGCACCGUGCGAAUGAGUACAAAACCCUCCCUGGAUGCUAAGUGCCUGAUCAAAUUUGCCUCCCCACCCCACCCCCACUGAAAUGCCUGGGUUGUUUUGGGGUUUUUUAAUUGCAUGAGAGCCUAAGCGUGAAUCUACCUAAGGAGAUGAAAGAUGUCUGAGACCGGCUGGGCUUCUGCAGCACGCUUGAUCUUUCCAAAAGAUUUGUCUGUGACGCGUUCUCUGUGGGGCUGCCCUGGAAGGCGACUUGGUCCAAAAUGCAGUAGCCAGAGCUCAGCAAACGCCCGCUUUUAAACAGUUGUUAUCAUCAUCAUCAUCAUCAUCAUUAUAUUGAUUCCCCCCUUUUACUGGCUUUCAACACAGAUAAAAUACAAAAGCUAAUCACCAAAUCGUAAUUAAAUUCAAAUAGCAUUAAAAACACACACAAAACCCAAAUCUAUUGAAAUACAGAUGAUAAAAACAGCAGAGCAUUAUAAAAUCCCUUUCCUUUUUUAAAAAAGAACAACCAGUUCCCAAAGGUGUGUCAGAAUAAAAGAGUCUUUGUCCAUCAGCAGGAGGACAGUUGCCAGUUUGUUUCCAAGCCCAAUUCAAGGACCUCACAUUAGUGUCUAAAGCCCCGAAAGGCCCCCAGAUAUCUGAAAUACCUUCUCCUUCCCUACAGACACUUUUAGGUGCCCUCUUGGUAGUUCUUCCACUGCCCUCAGAAGUUUGGGGGUGACAGCUGGACAAGGGCCUUCUCUGUGGCGGCCCCUCAGUUGUGGAAAUCUCUCCCGACUACCCUGUGUCUGGCACAUUCAUUGCAUGGCUUUCACCCUAAGCUGAAGAUGCACCUCUUUACCCAGGCUUAGGCCACCUGAGAGAAAGAGAUUUUAGGACCCACCCCGUUUUUUUGGAUGGUAAAUUUUUUUAAUUGAGUUUAGUGUUCUAUUUUUAUAAUAGUCUUUUUUAAAAAAUAAAAAUAAAUCAUUUUCUCAUUUUGCAAAUAUUUUAACAAAAAGAAAAGAGUAUUUACACAAUCCAUCUACAAUGCCACAUCCUCCUCAACCCCCUCCCCACCUUUCUGUGGUUACUUAUUUUAUAUCUUUUACCAAUGCAUAUCAAAUUCAAACUUAUUUACUAAUUUUCCUUUUGUAUCCCCUUUAAGUUAUUCUUACUGCACGUUUUUAUGUGAAUCCUGCUAAUGUUCUAAGUUGUUUACAUCUUCAAAUAGUCCGUACAUUUCCCCCAUUCUGUAUUAAAAAGUCUCUCUUCUUGGUUUCUUAUUCUGCCAUUUCAGCGCAGUCCAUAAAUUUUCGUUGCCAAUCGUCCUUCAUUAGAGUUGUUUCUUCUUUCCAUCUCUGGUCGUAAAUCAUUCUGGCAGCCAUAGCAGAGUACAUAAAUUGUCCCCCCCCCCCGUUCUUUGGGUACCUCUUCACCAAUUCUAUCUAAAAGAAAAGCUUCUGGUUUUUUUUUAAGUUAUCUUUAGCAUUUUCCCCAACUCAUUAUAGAUCAUUUCCCAGAAAGCUUUAGCUACCUUACAUGACUCUAUUUUUAUAAUGUUCUGAUCUGUCCUGGGACGCUGAAGUGAAGGGCAGGUAAGAAAUGCAAUGAGAUGAUGAUGAUGAUGUUGAUGCCACAAAAAAGCCAAAAUCAAAUUCUCACUCGACCGUGAAGCUCACUGGGUGACCUUGGCAGGCCAGUCACUGUCUCUCUCAGACCAACCUUCCUCACCGGGUUGUUGUUGAGAUUAAAUGUAGCGGGGGAGAACUCUGCACGCCUCCUUGAGCUCCUUGGAGAAAACCGGAGGGAUAUAAGGGCAUUAAUUUUUAAAAAAUAAAUUCAUCGAAUCAUAGAACCUUAGAGUUGGAAGGGACCCUAAGCAUCAUCUAGUCAACCCUGCUACCAGGCAGGAAUCACAACUGAAUAAUGGGCAAUGGUGGGAGGAUGAAACCACGAGUAUUCCUGACUAACUCUGUCCCCCACGUUCUUUGCUUUGUCUGCUACGGCAGGUAUUCCGAAGAGGAGAUCCGUCAGAAAGUGGGGACCUUCCGGCAAAUGCUGAUGGAAAAAGAGGGUGUUCUCACCCGCGAGGACCAACAUGGGCGGCAAAUGUGAGUAGGAAGGGAUUGCUGGUACCAAUUGCUUGCCUGGCCAAUGUGAAUACACCUGUUGAUAUAUAGAGCCAGUGUGGUGUAGAGGUUAAGAGUGGUAGACUCGUAAUCUGGUGAACCAGGUUCACGUCUCCGCUCCUCCACAUGCAGCUGCUGGGUGACCUUGGGCCAGUCACACUUCUCUGAAGUCUCUCAGCCCCACUCACCUCACAGAGUGUUUGUUAUGGGGGAGGAAGGGAAAGGAGAAUGUUAGCCGCUUUGAGACUCCUUCGGGUAGCGAUAAAGUGGGAUAUCAAAUCCAAACUCUUCUUCUUCUCUUCUAUAUAUCUGUAUAGGCGCUGGGAUCCUCAUUGCAAACUCUGCCUCUUUUAAUAUCUCCCUCCUGGUUUCCAGUGUGCCUGAGCCAACAGAGCCUAGUUUCCCCCUAACGUGUCAGGGCAAAGGAUUCCCAUCCCCACAAAAGAACUCCUUGCAUGUAGAAAACUAGCGUGUCAGGGAGGAAGCUGGGUUUGAAAGCUUCCAGGUCAGGCAACCCAGCGGCUCAUUUUCACUGUCCUUGCAGACUGCUUUCCCCCUGCCCUCGAACACAGCCAAGCUGGUUGGUUCCCUUCCUGAUGGACUGAUUGCCCUCACAGACCACGGCUUGGCCUCCCUGCCCCCACUUGAGAGGCCCUCUCCAUCAGUAACGCUUCUGAGCUUUCCCAGGAUUGAUAGUGACUUAGCUGGCGUGCCGGCAAAGCGCAUAUUAUAAUCCAUUAGCCAGCACUGGGGGAGGAGGGCGUAGAAGAAACCAGGUCACUGAGGAGGACAGAAAUAGAGCUUGCUGAUUCAUUGCACAGGAAGGCCUCGUUUGGGUGGGGGAACUGGGGAGCACGGGGAACUUGGGCAAAAGGUAGAGCAGCUUGUGCGGUCCAGGGUAUCGUAUCACUUUAAUCAUACCUUCCAACUUUUUCCAAUGCAAAACCGGGAUAUGUAGUUUCCAGGUUGUGCUGUUGGGAGAGUCAUAUGCCCUACACCUUGCUCUCACCCCAAAAACGUGCAUUUGGGGUGAGUUCUUAUGUGGUGCCCAAAAACCGGGCAACCCAGUCAGACGGGUGGCAUUUAAAUAAAUAUUAGUAUUACAAAAUUAUGCAUGGCAUGGAUAAAGUGGAUAGAGGAAAUGUUUUUCUCGCUCUCUGAAAACACUAUUUCUCAUGAAGCUGAAUGUUGAAUGGUUGUCUGAAGACAACUUCUUCCUCUUCUUUGGCGAUCACUCGUAGCCGAGUAAGAUUGUCUUCCAUAAACACGGUUUUAACAAUGAGUCUGUAAGUGACUGUGGAGGCCAAUUCUGGAUCCACACGUCCUUCCACAGUGGGGACAUUGGUUUCCGGGUGGGAGUUGAUCACGGUGUGGAUUUGCCAAGCGUGCCCUCCUCUUAGCACGUAGUUGAACUAUGGAACUCACUUCCCCAAGAAGCAGUGAUGGUCUGUGUAAUAAACGUAAAUCUGCCUUUAUUCCCUUAUGGGGGACAUAAGAGCCCUUAUAGAGUCCUUUGCAGGUUCUCCAUUGGUCGGAGAAAAGAACAGAGGCCAACCAGAGAAUAUUGAGAAGCAAAGCAGCUAGUAAGCCUGAUCUUUAUUGAACUGUUGCAACAGGGUGCUGCCCUCACACGUAGGAGGAGGAGGAGGAGGAGGAGGAGGAGGACCCAGAACCCAGGUGUGCCUGCCCUUAUAUAGACAUUUUAAAUUGCCCGCUUUGGAGUCCAAGACCACCCCCAGAAACAUCAUACAUACAUCACAGAAGGGGUGUAGCUCAAGACCACCCCCCAGACACUUCAUACCUACAACACAGAAAGGGCGGUCUACAACAGAAAUCUAAAUGUGUUGUUUAUCUCCUGUCUGGCAGAUUACCUGUUAAUGCUUACUUGAUUGGGGAGCCUGGCCAGUCUUUUGUAGUGACAAAUACUUAGUUCCUGAGCCAGGUCACAGGCUCACCCUAUUCAUACACAGAUAUACCCUUAAGAUAGGUUUUGUGAAUGAAAAGACAAUGAGGAGGCUUUUCCAUUUUCCUUUGACCUUGCAGAGAAAACAUUUGGUCAGCUUGGGAACCAAAAUGGCUCCAGGACUGCCCUCCUGUGCUGCCUCAGACAUGUGGCCCAUACAUUUAUAUAUGUGUUUGCCUGACAAAUCCAUGAACAUAUAUAUAUAUAUAGAGAGAGAGAGAGAGAGAGAGAGAGAGAGACCUUUUUUAAAAAUUUCAUCACCAACUUGGAUGGCAUUAAAAUAGAAUUGGAUAAAUUCAUGGAGGAGACAGCUAUCAGUGUCUACUAGCCAUGAUGGCUCUGCUCUGUCUCCACAGCUGGAGGUAGUAAUGUUCCCUGUAGUCACCUGGUUGGCCAUUGUCAAAACAGGACGCUUGGACUAGAUGGGCCAUUGGCCUGAUCCAGCAGGCCCUUCUUAUGUUCAUCUUUCCACAUUAUUUCUGGAUUGGGUUAGGGAACUCACUCAAUAAUUGAUCGGUUUAUAGCAGCCCCAGCAAAACCGUAUCGUGGAAAAACAUGGGAGUCCCAUGCCCUCUGCCUUUGUACGUCUGCCUUUGCAAAAUCGUAAGCGCUUAUAAAUAUCAAGGCUGGCAAAUGGUUUUGAGAAACUGACUCACUCCUCUUUUGCCUGGCAUCCCCAGGGAAAAAGCUGAGAGCGGGAAAUUAUAAGGGGAGGCCACAGCAGCCUGCAGACACAGCCCAGGAAGCAUUAAUCUCUGUCGCUAAGGGAGCUUAACCCAAUUACAAACCGAGUGAAUAAUUGGCUGCUUUAAGGAAAAUGAACCCCAGGAUGUUUUGGCUCAGAAAAUACAACAGAGACAUCAGUGGGCUGGAGAAGCAGGGGAGGAAGCAUGGCUGUCACGGAAAAGCCUAUUCGUGGCUUUUGCCUGUGGUAACUGGAGUGCAAAUUAGAUGGCUGUGAAUAGCACUUUAUAAAUGGCAGCAGGGUAAAUGUACACCCAUUCAGAGUGAGGGGGGGACCAAAUGCAUUGCCCUCACUCUGAGUUGGCUUUGUGUUGUUCUCCCCCACUCCAAACUCAUAAGCUGCAAGGGGAAGUGGUGCCAUCGUGCUUGCUGGUUCCUAUAUUGCUCUGAGUUCCUUGCAUAAGAAAAGGUUUAAGAGAGUGUGGAUUUGCACAUUGUGAAAUAGAAAUCAAGCCCUCGCACUGUGAUUGGGGGAAAGGUCUGCUCAAGACUCUGUUUAUUAAGGCAAGGCAAUUGCAUUGGAGAACACCCCCAUCAGCCAGACUCUUCUCUGAGCUAAUCAAUAGGUCAUGCAAAUUUUAUAGGGAUGAUAAAGUUGUCACAACCUGGUUAAUAAGAAACCACAAUAAAUUGGCUUUGCGGGGGGGGGGACAGGAAAACAACAUCACAGGUCAAAAACCUGAAACAUUCCAUACUUCCUUCACUGUUUCACCUUUUCUCCCACUUUCAGGCUGACUCUCUCUUUCUUUUUAUACUCUUGGAGUUUAUCCGUAUUUCCCUUUGUCUUGCUGUUUUCCCCUGGGGAAAACCGUUCUUUAGCGCUCAAUUGGAGAAAACAGCAAUUUCCCACAGAUUGCUGUUUGUUCUGAUGUAAGCUAAAGAGAGGUUUUUUCCUGGGAAGGGAGUGGGACAAGUGGGGGCGGUCCACCCUGGGUGUCAUCACCAAGGGGGGUGACAUUCAUUCCCGUUGGCCACCCACGACUCUCGCCUGCCCUGAGCCGUCAGGGGAAGGGGGGUAGUUGCACCGCUUUUCAGCGCUUCGUUUUGACAGCUCUGCACUCCCUGGCUGCUGGAGGAGGCAGGCAGGCAGGCAGGCAGGGAGAGGAUGGGAAUAAUAAUAAUAAUAAUAAUAAUAAUAAUAAUAAUAAUAAUUUAUUAUUUAUACCCCGCCCAUCUGGCUGGGGUUCCCCAGUCACUCUGGGCAGCUUCCAACAGAAUAGUAAAAUACAAUAAUCUAUUAAACAUUAAAAGCUUCCCUAAACAGGGCUGCCUUCAGAUGUCUUCUAAAAGUCUGAUAGUUGUUUUUCUCUUUGACAUCUGGUGGGAGGGUGUUCCACAGGGCGGGUGCCACUACCAAGAAGGCCUUCUGCCUGGUUCCCUGUAACAUGGCUUCUCACAGGGAGGGCCAGAAGGCCCUCAGCGCCAGACCUCAGUGUCCGGGCAGAAUGAUGGGGGUGGAGACGCUCCUUCAGGUAUACUGGACUGAGGCCGUUUAGGGCUUUAAAGGUCAGCACCAAGGAGGCAGGUGAGCAAACAAGUGAAGGGUGGAGGGAAGGAGAGAAACUGAAGCUCUAUCAACUCAGGACCCAAACCCUGCAACCCCCAGAAAAGCUCAACAGCUUUGGCCAAUCCUUCUCUAAAAACGUUCAACAAGCCCUGGCAAUGACAAUGGGUAGAUCACAGCCAGUCUUUUUAUACUAUGAGUAGAUUGCAGUCUCUUGGGAGUCCAACUAGAUUUCAAUGUUUGGGGGGGGGGGUGACAAGAAAUUUUCCUCACUGGGUACCACCUAACCUUGCUACGCCACUGCUCAGGCCUAUUCCAGGCCCGAAUCCUUGCAGAGCCCGGAUCCAUACACUCCACUUCUGCAACGUCCCCCUCCUCCUUUUGUCUUUGAUGCAGAGUGAUCGAGAACCAUCACAUGGUGGAUGGCGAAGAAUACAUGAUGCAGUACCCGGAGUACGGGAAGGGAUGCCCUUUGCAGUGCGACUGCACCACCGACUGCUACCAAGACGACAGCAGUCACCGCGAAUACAGGUGAGUCUCCUGUGAAGAACACAGGUCAUUUCCCAUGGUUACAAGAAGGGUCUCUGUGAAAAGGUGUGUGGACUUCUUCAUGCUCUGAUGGUGAGAAACAAACCCUUGGGCAGUACUGCCCCCUAGCUGAUGUGGCAUUACUGGGGGGGGGUUCUAAGAGGCAAGCAGGAGGCAGGAGGACAUAGAGGCCAGGGGGUGGCAGUGGGGGGAUGCUAAGAAGUGAGGGGGCGGUAGUGAGGCACUGUAGGUGGGCUGCCCUGAACCCAUUGAUCGCUUAUUUACCAUUGACCAGUUUAGUGCCUAGAGCAAAACACCUUCCUCGCUUCGUAUUUAAAGUUUUACUGCUCUUGAUCACUUACAAAGCUAUUUAAUUUGCCAUGUUUGUUUGUAUUUACGGUUCCUGUCACAAGAUAGCCAGUUAUUGCAGAUAGCCAUUGAUUUUUCUUAUAAAUUAGCUACCAUAGGUCUGCGGUAAGCGAAGGUUUGUUCAUGCCUGGUAAGGACUUCUACAUAAAUAGCUCAUGCUAUAAAUGUCCAUCGCCCUUGUGUCUUUGUCAGUGAAAAUAUUUUUCAUGCAACGUCUGGUGCUACUGGAUCAGUUUUGUUGAAUUAACCAGACAGAAGGUUUUGAGUGGAUUUUAAUUAAAUGCUACUGUUCUGAAAUUGUUGUUGCUGUUGUUGUUAAUAUGCCACCCAUCUGACUGGGAUGCCCCAGCAACUGGGCGGCAAACUGCUAUUCUGAAUGAUGUUUUUAAUAGGGUAGGGAAAACUGAGGGUGAGUUUAUGGAACCAGUGGGACUGUGCCCCAAAAAUGUUUGAGAACCACUGAAUUGGCUUACAGCACGGUUCAUCAACGUUGUGUCCUUCAGAGGUGGAUGGACUACAACUCCCACCAUCCCUGGCUCUUAGCAAUGUCACCUGGGGGCUGAUGGGAGUUGGAGUCUUAUUAACUUAUGGAGUGUAUUGUGUUGGCGACCCCUUUAAACCAGCAAGUGCCUAUCCUAAAAUCCUCUUCCUCCUCCUUCUCUACAGGCUGAAGAGACGAUCGAGCAGCUCCACCUCUCCCCCGCCCAAGAAGAAAAAGAAAAAGAAAUCAGGUCAUCGCCGGAGCCGGUGAGUCACCCCCCAGUGGCGCUGAUGUUGGGAUGGAAGGGCAAACAAGUGGAUAUGACCCGGGCCAGGGACUCUUCAAUCCAGCCAGAAUGCUGGGCUUUGAGCAAGUCCUAAACCAAGGAUGUGAGGACCUUUGGCUCUCCAGAUGUCACCGCUGUUACUGCAACGAAUUUAUUCAUAGCCCUCUAAGCCGCAAUCUGCAAAAAUAAAUAAAUAACCCAAAACAGUUAAAAGGACAAAGACAACCAACACAUUUGAAACAGGGCUGAAACCCAAACAAUUGGUAAAGACCAUUUUAUCCUGCCGGAACCAAGAUGGCGUCAUCUGUUUCUGUUAAGUGCAGAUGAAGGGGAAGCCUAUCGUAUCGCACCAGGAAUGCUAUUUCAGUUGGUUAGAGCGUGGUGUUGAUAAUGACAAGGUUGCAAGUUCGAUCCCCACAAAUUUCCUGCGUUGCAGGGAGUUGGACUGGAUGACCCUCAGGGAUGCUUCCAACUCUUAUGUUUCCAUGUUUUAGAUUUCUCCCAGGCCUUUGUGCAGCCCCCAUUCCUGCCUGCAACAUAACCUGUUGAACUCUGGGCUCAGCACACCUUCCCUGUGGUUGGCGUUGCCAGUUUCUUCUGCCUAACCCAGAGACCGGCUCUGCGUCCCCCAGCACAGAGACACUUCUCAAUGCUUCACUGUGCCAGUAUUCCAUGCCUGACUCUGAAAUGCAUCCAUUCCUUGAUGUACUAAGUGCAGAAAGGGGAGGGCGGGGGACUCAGCCGUUCUUCUCCUCCAGUUCUCUCCCCCCCAACCAUCCUGAUUUCAGAUCCCUCCGCUAAUGAUUUCCUCCUCAGAGCUCAGCUAACAUUUUAAUGAGUGUGGCUUUCUUAAACCAGGCCAGGGGGAAAUGAAACUAAUGAGGAAAGUAGCAGAAGGGGGGGGGACCAGGCGAGAGCGGCGCUGUCUCCUCCCUUGAACCAGAUGAUGAUAUAUAGGUAUAAUGUAUAGGUAUAUGUAUAAAUUCCCCAUAGGGCUGAGAGGGUUCAUCCCAGAGGACCACCCUAUGGGGGCUCAAUCAAAAAUAAAAAAUCCUUUGAAGCCUUAACCCAGGGGACAGAAAAUUUGGAAGGUUGCCUGGGUAACUGGGCACAGGAAGUGAUGUCACAGGGGGAUUUGGGGGCCUUUGGGAUAGCUAAAGAGAAAGAAAACCAUUUUGGCAGGCUUGCUAAUGGCAGGCUGGGAGAGAUCACAGCCUCCAGCAUUUCUCCAAUGAGAAUAGGGGUGCCCUAUUCAAUAACAAUAAUACAGUAGUACCUCAGGUUACAGAUGCUUCAGGUUACAGACUCUUCAGGUUACAGACUCCGCUAACCCAGAAAUAGUAGCUCGGGUUAAGAACUUUGCUUCAGGAUGAGAACAGAAAUUGUGCCACGGCGCCGCGGCAGCGGGAGGCCCCAUUAGCUAAAGUGGUGCUUCAGGUUAAGAACAGUUUCAGGUUAAGAACGGACCUCCGGAACAAAUUAAGUUCUUAACCCGAGGUACCAUAAUAAUGAUGAUGAUGAUGAUGAUGAUGAUGAUGAUGAUGUUAUUAGUUAUACCUUGCCCAUCUGACUGGGUUGCCACAGCCACUCCAGGCAGCUUCCAACAUAUAUAAAAACAUAAUAAAACAUUAAAAAACUUCCCUCUACAGGGCUGCCUUCAGAUGGCUUCUAAAGGUUGUAUCUCCUUGCCUUGGGGCGGGGGCAUAGCUGUCAACUUUUCCCUUUUCUUCGGAAUAAGGGAAUUUCCCUUUAAAAUAAGGGAAACAUUGACAGCUAUGGCGGGGGGCAGGGUGUCACAUAACUCCACACCCCGCAACAUUUCUCCAGUAAAAAUAGGGACGUCCUAAGGAAAAGCGGGACAUUCUGAGAUCAAAUCAGAAACCAGGACAGCUUCUGUAAAUCUGGGACUGUCCUGGAAAAUAGGGACACUUUGAGGGUCUGGGACAGGGGUCAGCAACCCGCGGCUCCGGAGCCGCAUGUGGCUCUUUUACACCUUUGCCGCGGCUCCAGGGCGGAUACUAGUGAGGGGAGGAGGCGCAUUGUGCGCCCCGACACUCCCCACUGUGGGGGGCGCUGUACUGGCUGUGAUGUUGCAUGGGGGCGGUGCGUGCUUUAGUCACGCACCGUCCCGACAUCACCUUCCCGCCCGCUGUCAGAUCGCGGCUCUGGAGAUAUAUUUGUUUUAAAUGUCGCAAUGGUUUUGCGGCUCCCAGUUUUUUUUCCUUCGGAAACGGGUCCAAGUGGCUCUUUUUGUCUUAAAGGUUGCAGACCCCUGGUCUGGGAGAUGCCUUACAUUUCAGUGCUGUGAAGAACAAGUCCCUCUUGAGACGACCAUGCUGUAAGAACAGUACUUUGUAACAAUACGUUACAAAGUCACCAUCAGUCUCCUCGCAUGCUGCGUUUCCUGCAAAUACACUGUGCUCCCAAGUGGUUCCGUGCGUCGAUAAUUUACAGACAACCACUAUAAUUAUAACGCAGUACGAUAGAAAACGUUAGCAAUUCAGCAGCGGCUGCUUAUUUGAUGCAGGGAUGGGGAAUGUGGCAGCCCUCCUUCAGGUGCAUUUGGCUUCCCCUCCCGUCUGCCUCUGUCAGUGGUCAGGGAUGAUAGGAAUUGUAGUCCGGCAAUGGGUCCUGGAGGGCCACAGGUCUUCCUCUUGCCUCUGCUUUCAGCCACAAGGUGGGGAGGGCACCAUGGCCAAUGGUAUCUAAAGCUGCUGAGAUCAAGAAGCAGAAACAGAAUCCCACUGCCCUCACCCCACUCUCAAGAGAGGUCAUCCAUUAGGGUGACUAUGGCUAAUUCAGUACCCAAACCACACCUGAACCCAACUUGAGAUGGAUCCUGAUCACAUAUAUCCUCCAGGAACUCCUGGUAUUAAUAAUAGCAACAUACUACCCAGGAUUACGCUGGUGGCACUGUGGGUUAAACCACAGAGCCUAGGACUUGCUGAUCAGAAGGUCGGCGGUUCGAAUCCCUGCGACGGGGUGAGCUCCUGUUGCUCGGUCCCUGCUCCUGCCAACCUAGCAGUUCGAAAGCACGUCAAAGUACAAGUAGAUAAAUAGGUACCCCUCCAGCGGGAAGAUAAAAGGCUUUUCCAAGCGCUGCUCUGGUUCGCCAGAAGCGGCUUAGUCAUGCUGGCCACAUGACCCAGAAGCUGUACGUUGGCUGCCUCGGCCAAUAAAGCAAGAUCAGCGCCACAACCCCAGAGUCGUCCGCGACUGGACCUAAUGGUCAGGGGUCCCUUUACCUUUUACCCAGGAUAACUCAGUCAGUAGAGCAUGAGACUCUUAAUCCCAGGUUCAUGGGUUUGAACCCCACAUUGGGCAAACGUAUACCUGCAUUUUAGGGGGUUCAACUAGAUGACCCUCGUGGCACCUUCCAGCUCUACAGUUCUGUGAUUCUAUUAUUAUACCUCCAUUAAGCAAAUAAAAAUAGCAUUUGCCAACCCACAAACCCCUCCCCAGAAAUGUCUCAACAAGUGGGGCAGGGGAGAGGGGCAUCAAAUUGAAAUCAUUAAAUUGUCGGCUGCAUAAAUGAAAUGUUAUGAAUCGCUUUAAGAAUGAUUGGGAGGAUGUCCUCAUAGCAAAAGUGUGGUCUUAAGGGAACAAAGCAAGAUUAUAUGGUGGUGUGAAAAUUGCAAUAUAUGCAUUUUAUGCACACAUUACCCAAGUGAAUACAUUUUGGCACACAUUACUUGGCUGGAGAAGUGCAUUGCAAAAUUGGGAGAAGUGUGGAUUUUGAAGGGUGUCUGUGUUUCGUUCACAUAUUGUUUCUGGAAGUGUGGAUUAAGUAAAGUUUGUCUUUAAAUGUGAACUCAAUAGAGUCAGUCCCCCCUUUCUUACUACCACCCCAUAACAGGUGGUGAAAUUUAACAAGUUAAAAAAGUGGGGGUGAUGACCACAGCAGAUGCCAUUCCUUAAAUACUGAAAUUGGAACAUGUGAAAUUGGGGGGGGGGUUGCUACCUAGCAUCGCCCCAACUCCCUGCUGAGGUGGGUCUUACCCAUAAUGCCACCUAAGUAGGGCUAAAUUAAAGCAACAGACACAUGAAACAUAAAAAGGUUUGUGAAACACCCCCCCUUGCAAAAUUGUAUAAGUCUGAGGAAUGUUGUUCUCUCUUGGUCUGACCUACCUCAAAGGGCUGUAGUGUGGAUAAAACUGGAAAGCCCUGAGCUCCUUGGAGGAAAAAAACUGUGGGGGGGUGUUACAAAUUUGACAGAUGGAACAAGAGUUCUCCAACCCCAAAUCCCUGGCAAUGCUUCUGAACCCCACAAGUUCUGAUGCCUGCUUUCACCUCCACAGGGACUAGCAACUUGCUCAAGAAAGCUGAGAUUCUUUGGGUGUUGAAUUGAACCCUUUCUGUGUUUGCGCAGGGGCACAAAAAUACACACACAGUCCUGAUAGAUGUGGCCUGUGUAAUUUUCUUACUAGUUUUAAAAAUAUGCCAGGUUAGACACUUGUCCGGCCCGGUCGUGAUUUCAGAAGUCUACCAUGUUCUCUAAACCAUCCGCUCUUUUCAGAGAGACACUCCUUAACCUCUCCUUUGUCUGUUUCCUGUCUUGCAAUCUCAGCAAAAAAAGGAAACCUGGAUCUGAACGCAGGUGAGUGCCAACGGAAUUCGCAUCAUCCACAUGAUCUAUUACCUAUAAUUUCCCAUAUAUUUAUAGAAACCCAUCCAAGGUGUCUGGUUUUUUACGGCUUUCCCCACAAGGUUUCCCCAGCCACCCAAAAAGCAGUCCCAUAAAGUAAGGGGGCUAAUUUGUCUGGAUGCCUUUAACCCUUGGAUGGCUUCAAAAGAGAAUUGGACAAAUUCCUAGAGGGGUGGGCUCUGCCUCUACAGUUGAAGGCAGCCCAGCUUCUGCUUCCCAGAACCACAGGAGGGUAGACGGAUCUUGUGGUCAGGUCCUGCUUGCAGAUUUCCCAUAUAAAGCAUCUAGUUCAGGGGUCAGCAAACUUUUUCAGCAGGGGGCCAGUCCACUGUCCCUCAGGCCUUGUGGGGGGCCGGACUAUAUUUUGAAAUAAUGAACGAAUUCCUGUGCCCCACAAAUAACCCAGAGAUGCAUUUUAAAUAAAAGGACACAUUCUACUCAUGUAAAAACACGCUGAUUCCUGGACCGUCCGCAGACCGGAUUGAGAAGGCGAUUGGGCCGGAUCCGGCCCCCAGGCCUUAGUUUGCCUACCCAUGAUCUAGUUGGCCUCUGUGAAAACAGGAAGCUGGACUAAAUGGGCCAUUGGCUUGAUCCAGCAGGCUUUUCUUAUGACGUUCCCACAUGCUGAUUCAGCUCCAUUUCCUCCUGACAAACUGACAUAGUCCUUUUUCGCAUUUCAGCGGGGAUAGCUCUUCCCCGGUACGGAAGGAGAAGAAGAAGAAGACAGGGAAAAAACACCGGAGAGACAGGUAAAGGACUCAGGGCUCCCCCUUUUCAUCUCCCCCUAACAAUGGGAAGGUCCAUAGCUCACUGGCAGAACAUCUGCUUUUCACGCAGAAGGUGCCCCCGUUCAAUCCCCAGGGGCAUCUCUGGGGAGGGGUGGGGGAAGGCACUGAAAAUCCUGCCAGCAUCUCUUUGCAUCUCAAAUGCUUCACUAACAGAGCCAGAACCUGGCUUCCAUUUUCUGGUCACGCUGGACUGUGACAGGAUUUUGGAAACUUGCAUGGGUACUUCUGGGCAAGCAGCCAGUUCCAAAGCUGGCCAGUAGCACUGCCAGCUGGCCUAGGGAUCUGGACCCUGGAGGCAAUUGCCCUCAGGCUGGUAGGUAGAGGAGGCAGAGUAGCUGGAGGACUGGUGCAGCCUGUCCUGUCUGUCCCUCCAUGGCUUAUCUGGGCUGCCCAUCCACCACUAGUCAGCCUGCUGUAGUCACCAGUCAGCAGCGCCACCUGUUGACAGCCAAGCAAACUGCAGCAUGACAACACCCUUCCAUUUUUAUUAUAUUCGAUCCCCGACAUCCCUGGCUUGGGCCCUAGGGCACCACUGCUGGUCGGUAUAGACACUACUGGGCUAAGUGGUUCAGUAGUCUAACACAGCUUCCUUUGUUCUCAUCUAUCUCUUCCACUAGAUAAUCUCCCGUUGAUAGGAGAGUACAUACUUUUUUUAAGCAAAAAAGAUCUGACCCACCUAGCAUUUCCAGGUAAAUGGAGGCCCCUGGAUUGGAAGAGACCUUUCUUUUCAGGAAAUUGAGGUGUGCCACUGCCAGUCACAACAGGUUAGAACUGGGCUGAAUGGACCAGAACUAACAGAGGCUAUAGAUUGUUGCAGCCUCCAACUCCCAUCAGCUCUGUCAGGAUGCUGUGAAUUGGAGUCCAGUGACAUCGACAGGGCAACAUGGCUGUGUUACAUAGAGACAAGUUGCUGCAGGUUCCGUCAGUAAAGGCCAUGGUCAAUCUAUCUGUUGUCUGCACAGCCCCACAUUCUGGACUAAGAUGGUCUGGAUGAGCAGUUUAUUUAUUAUUAUUAAAUUUAUUGCUCACCCUUCAUCAGCAGGUCUCAGGGCUGGUUACAGCAAUUUAAAAUUCAGGAAUAGGGUAAUCUGGGUGCUGCAUCUUUGGUGUGGCUCUUAUGCAAGGAAAGAGAUAUUUGGCUAUGCGCUCCCCCCCCCCCUUUCUCCUGGACCAUCUCAACCAGUGUCUCUCCUUUCCUCUCUUUGUUCCUGUUCUUGCCGGUUGCCCAUCAGGUCUGCGUCUGGCUCUCGUAAGAAGAGGAGGCACAGGUGAGGGUUAAUGGUGUAGAUUCCUCCCCCCACCGCACACCUUGUCUCCCCUAAUCCCACAUCCACAUUCCUCACCUCCUCCCCCAUCUCAGCCGUGACCGGCAAGGCAAAUUAUGCACUGCCCUCUAGUGGCCAAAGACCACAUUUGAUCCUCUUUCUAUAACAAAUUCACCACUUGCCCCCUUGUCAGGCUCAAGGUCUCUUCCGGCCAAGCUCAGAAGAAACCACAUUGGUCCAGGGCCAUGAAAGUAGCUCCAUAAAGGCCACCAUAGCCAGGCACGAAAAGGCCAAAGGAUCCGGGUUCAAAGGCUUGCAGGGAACAAGGAAGGUCACUUGACUUGCCCGGGAGGGCGUCACCAAGAUUUCACCUGCCAGGAACUCCUGGAGGAGUUCGCUCCAUAAUGAUGGGGCCACCACCAAGGAAGUCCAGGCUUGGACAUCCAGAUGGGUGCAGGGGUACCUGUGGAAUCUGCCAUGGAAAGAUGUCGUGGUGGUUACCAAUUUCAAAGGCAUUUAAAAGUGGAGUCGAACAGAUUUAUGGAAGGAAAGGCUAUCAGUGACUACUAGUCAUAGAAAACAUACCUUUGAAUACCAGAAGAACAGCAGGAGAAAGUAACUGCACUCCUGCCCUGCUUGUGGGAUUCCCAGAGGCAACGGUUGCCAGCUCUGUGAAACACGUCACCCAGAAUCUGCCAUUGGAGGUGGCUACCUCACUUUGUCUAAUGAUAGAGCCGGCCAUGGCAAAGAUUAGUUAGGUGAGCUCUCGGUCUGAUCCAGCAGGGCUCAUCUUAUGUUCUUACAUGAAGUACAGUCUCUAGAGCUGUUCUCUGCAAGCUGGGGAGGGUGUGGUGGCCAAAAUUUAUAUAAUAAGGCGUAAAAUGCACCAACAUUAUAAUCACUUAGUGAUAACAAUGGGACUGCAAUAGCUUUCAGUGCAGGCACACAGAGCUCUCAUCAUCUGCAACAGCCUCCCUGUUCAUUUCAGCACAGGAAGCUGAUUUGAAGGUGCAGAUAAAGCAAUGGGUCAUGGUGAGGUGAGAUGUCAUGACUUGCAAAACGUUCUCUAGACCGUCAGAAAAUAGCCUGCCCCUCUGAUUCUGGACCCUCCCCCUAAGAGUCGAUUCCCCAUGGAGAGGCUGAUAAGCAGGCCACAGGUUUGGCACUUUGGCACCUGGGGAAGCUGUUCCAUGAAAUAUUCUAGAAGGAAAAACUGGCUGCUGAGCCUGGUGCUUCCUCUGCCCAUGUCUGGUUUCCCUCCUCCUCUCUCUCUGUCUCUCUCUCUGCCUCUCCCUUUUCAUGUGCGUUCAGUUUUCUGCUGUCUCAUAGGUCCAGAAGUCUCAAGAGCAAAAGGAAAGAGAAGAACAAAGACAGAAAAAGGUGAGGAUCAGAAUAGAUUGCACCCCAUCCGCAGAAGAAAACAGCACAGAAAAUAGCACAAGUUGAAUGCUUAUUCCCAUGUUACUUGCAAGUGCAAUUUCCCCCCGGAAGCAAAUAAAAUGGGAAUUAACCAUCUUGAAAUACUCAUGGAAGAUGAAGCAAGCUUGUUUCCUGCGGCUCCAGAGGGCAGGACCCAAACCAAUGGAUUCAGAUUACAAGAAAGGAAAUUCUGACUUAACAUUAGGAAGAGCUUUCCAAUGGUAAGAGCUGUUUGACAGCAGAACAGCCUCCUUUGGAAGGUAGUGGACACUCACUUGCUGGAGGGUUUCCAACAGAGGUUGGAUGACCACCUGUCAGGGAUUCUUUCAUUGUGAUUCCUGAAUUGCAGAGGGUUGGACUAAAUGACCGUUGGUGGUCCCUUACAACUCUGUGAUUCUAGGACUAACACCUUGAAUUUUGCCCGGUAGCUCACCAGCAGCCAGUGCGAUGCUUUCAGAACUGGUGACUCAAGGUCCCGUCAGACUCCUGAACCCAGACCCAUGGUUAGGCUCAGCAUCCAGGCCUGGAUCCAAAUUCAGCCCCUCUGUAGCUUGCACCAGCUGGUCCUUCCUUUGUGCCAAAGUCCUGGCUGUCAAUCAGGGUCUGGGUCAUGAUGGGGGCAGUCCCAGAACUCCUCCUGAGCCACAGUCAUGGACUAAUUGGACACUGAAGAAUAGUCGGGGGAACCAGCUGGGGAACCCCCAGGGGAAGAAGGCUGAGAACCAGGGGAGUGGUGGUGGGACAAUGGGGUGGGAGGGAGAAGAGGGAGAGGACUGGAAGGAGGUGUCAGAAUCUGAAGGGUUAACAGGGCUUAGUGAGCAGGGGGAGUCUGUGGCAGAGAGAAGUCCAGAAUCAGAGGCAGAGGUUGAAGCAGAAGAGGAGGGAGACCAAGAGGCAGAGAGGAGUCAGGCUGGUGCAGAGUCAUGUGUGCCUCCCCUUCCUGCCACGACAAUCUCCCUUCUCACCUUGUCAUCUAGAACCAGGAGAGGAGAGAUUAGCUGUGUGUAGGUGCAGUCUCUGAUUGCUUGGGGAAAACACUGGAGAAGAGAGCACUUAGGGAGCUAUGGGGAGCUGAGGACCCUCAGCCUCAGUAACUGCUCCAUGGGGCAAGACCUACCAGGGAUAAGCUGUUAUGCUCAUCCAAGUCUGUGCAGAUCUUGUUUUCUCCAACAAAGAGUUAACCCCAACUUGCAUGGUGUGAUUUAUUGCUGGCUCGCUCCUGACAGCCAGGCUGGUGGAGCGCCGGGUUCUGCCUCACCCUUCCGCUUCUCCCCAUCCUCUCCCAGGUCACACAGCGAGUCGUCCACUCGGAGGUCCCACAGGCGCAGCAGCUGCAGUUCCCGGAGCGCCUCGCUCUCCUCGGAUUACAGCGACUGCAAAUUGACAAGCAGGUAAGCUGGGCUUGUGCCUGGUUUGGCCUCAGGUUUAGGGGUGGGGAGGCACAGCUGGGGGGGGGGAGAGCUCUUUAAAUGGGACCAGUUGCGGAUGGUUUUUUUCACUCAAAGAACAUACAAGCAGAGCUUUGUGGUGUUACAAGUGCCACAUAUUAUCCAUUGUGCAUUUGUUUGGAGUUGAUCCUGCUUAGUGUCUUUGAUGUCAAAUGGUACACCUGUUUUAACAUGGAUGUUGUUGUAAUGAAUGUUCUUCUUACAGUCAUACCUUGGGUUACAGACGCUUCAGGUUGCAUUUUUUCGGGUUACGGACCACCGAAACCUGGAAGUACCGGAAUGGGUUACUUCUGGGUUUCGGCGGCUGCGCAUGCGCAGAAGUACUAAAUCACACUUUGUGCAUGCGCAGAAGCACCAAAUUGCAACCCGCAUGUGCGCAGACGCACAGACGUGGGUUGCGAACGUGCAUCCUGCACGGAUCACGUUCACAACCCGAGCGUCCACUGUAUAUAUUUUAAUUAUGGGUGUUUCAAUGUUUUACCGUGUAUUUUAAGAACGGGUAGCUGUAUUUUUAUUACUGGAUUUUGUUUUUAUUCAUGUUUCAUAAUGUUUAUAUAUGGCUCAAUUGUAAAAAAGGGGGGGACUUAAAGCAGUCUAUAAAAAAGAAUAAAGCAAGCAAUCAUUGGCAGAAGCAGUUUUUAAAAAUAGAGUAAGUGAUAGGCAAAAACCAGAUCAAAUCACAUGCCGACAUAUCUGGGUAGGCUUGCCUAAACAAAAAUGCAUCUAGCAGGUGCCAAAGAGAGUACAAUGAAGGCACCUGGCUGAUGUCAAGAGGCAGUGAGUUCCAAAGUGUAGGUGACACUAAAAGGUUGACUGCUUACAAAUGUGGAAGAGGUAUUUUGUGGCACCCGUAACAGUGCCAGUUCCACAGAUGAAAGCAGUCCAGUCGGUUUAUAUGAGGGUAAUGUGAUCUCACAGGUAUGCUACUCCCAAGUUGUUUAGGACUUUUAGUUGUUACUAGAAGUAACACCUUGAACCUGGCCCAGUAGCAAACUGGCAGCUAGUGCACAUCCUUGAGCGAAGGUUUUCUAUGGUGUGAGGGUCUCACUCCUGUCAGCAAUCAUCCUGCAGCAUUCUGCAGCUUCCAGAUCAAGUGCAAGGAAAGCACCGAUACAGCACAUUGCAGGAUUCCAGUUUUGAAGUAACCAAUUAAUGGGUAGCUGUAUUUCUUUAAUAGACCUUCUGGACAUCCAAUGAAGCUGAAUGUUGGAAGAUAAAAAGAAGGACUAUGGACAUUCCUCCUGCAAGAGGCAGUGAUGGCCACCAAAUUUUUGGGGGGGGGGGCUUCAAAGGAGGAUUAGAUAAAUUCAUGGAGGAGGAUAAGGCUAGCUCUGCCUCCACAGUUAGAGGGGGCGAUGCUUCUGAAUACCAGUUCCUGGAAACUGCAGGAGGGGAGAGGGCUCUGGUGCUCGGAUCCUGCAUCAGGGCUUCCUACUGGUUGGCCACUGUGAGAACAGGAUGCUGGUCUAGGUGGGCCACUGGCCUGAUGCAAGAGGCUCUUAUGUUCUUAUAUUGGCACAAGUUCCUCAGUGGGAGCUCUCCUUGGUGCUGAAACAACCAGCCUGCCUUUCCCUGUGAACUCUUGCACCAGAUCAGAGCAGGAUAGUUAAGUCUGGGUUCCAUCUAGCUGUAUUACAUCCUUCUGCAGCAAAACCUACCUGGUGGCCUUACCCCCUAUGCUUCCAAUCAACUUGCUUGCUGGCUUCUGUUAGAGCAGUUGGUUGGCCACUUUGAGUAGAGGAUGGUGGAUCAGAUGGGCUGGUGGCCUGAUCCAGCAGACUCUUCUUAUGUUCCUAAUAGAGGUUCUUCUUCUUCGAUUGCUGUUGUCCUUUAUUUGUUUGGGAACUGCCUUGCUAUUUCUCCUUGAAAUAAAAGGGGAUCUAUAAAUCCUUCUAAGAAAUAUAGCAACAAUCUCAUGGAGGCCUACAUAGCUGCUGGCCAACCCUUUCUGUCCUCCCCUUUGUUUGCAGACUGAGUCCCAAGUACAGAGAGGAUGCCCAGAAGGGCAGCAGCCACCAGUCCAGCCAGAGCCCCUCCUCCUCCUGUACCGGCCACAGCCGAUCGGCCACGCCUCACCAAAACGGGCACAAGGGCGGUGCCCAGAACGGCCGCCAUAGCCACGGCGCCCUCUUGGAGAAGAAACAGGAGGUAUGGACCUUUUGGGUUUGCUUUUCUCAGGGUUCAAUCCAACCCCACCUUCCCCAGCUGCCGCCGCCCCACCUUCCCUCCCCAGAUCGGCUCUGCCCCAUCUCACGUUGCUCCCUCCUCUUAGGCAUUUUGCUCAAAGCGUGGCGGAUGGGGAAGGCCUAA